AGACUAGUAUAUGCGCUCCGGCUGAGUUGUCGGACGAAGAACCGGUUAUUCUGCUAUUUUGAUUCUGCCUCCAGGGUUUGCUCUCGCUCCUACUCUACUCCGUAUUGCCCUCUUCGAUCGUGUAUUUGAAUCUAUGAGUAGAUAACACUGCGAAAAUGCCCUCUCUACUACGGAUUUUGUGGGCGACGAUUUCCCUCCUCAGCCUUACGGCGGCCGCCCCAUCCGUGCAGGCUGCCCUAGCCAGCGGCCCGCGACCGAUCUACGCCAUCGCACACCGAGUUCUCCGAACUGAAGCCGUGACAGCGGCGAUCUCCCACGGCGCCAACGCAAUUGAAGUUGAUCUUCACGCCACAGACGAAUGGUGGGCCGACCACGACUGCAAGAGAAAUAGCGCCGGCGACACAGCCCGUGAAAUCUUCCAGUUUAUCGCCGAGGAGCGCAAGAACGGCGCCAACAUCACCUUCGUCUGGCUGGACAUCAAGAACCCCGAUGCAUGCCCGCAAUACGAACCAUGCUCCAUCCAGGCCCUGCGCGAUCUAGUCCGCGAAACGCUCGAGCCGGUCGGCAUCCGGGCCCUGUAUGGCUUCUACCAAACGGAAGAAAGCCAGGGCUAUAAGGAGAUCCUGCACUCGCUGAAUGGGAACGAGGCGAUUUCUCUCAGUGGCUCUGCCAGGGAUGUCUUUGAGCUGUAUUUUACGACUUCGCGGUCUCUGCCGGUGAGGCAGAGGGUCAUGGACUAUGGACAUGUCAAUAUCCAGAAGGAUUUCGGGGAUUGCCAUGAGCGUGGGGGGUGGACUUGUUCGGAGUUACGCAAUGGGCGCUCAGCUCGUGAGAGGGGUCAGCUGGGGAAGGUCUUCGCGUGGACGAGCACAGAGGGGGAUACAAGAUAUGUGAGCGAUCUGCUGGAGGUCGCUCAGAUUGACGGCCUCAUCUAUGGGAAUCAGAAACAUGACUACAAGGAUGAAGCCCGUACCAGGAAUGCCUUCUGGGAUAUUCUGGACUUCGUGAACGCUAAUCCGGAUACUGUUCGAAUGGCGACGGCGGAUGACGCGCCGUGGUAGGGGAUCUUGUGUUUGGAUCAUUGCUGUCAAUUGCGGUCUUCAUUGCACCGACCCGAUUAUGAUUGUAUCUUCGCCCUUGCAGCUGUUGGCAUUUGCUCCUCCCUCGCUCGACACUUAACGCCGUGACGAUCGACACCAUGUACCUAUCCAGAAGGCUGCUCCGAGGGAGGCUUGGACGUACACGUGUACGAGUUCUGGAGAAACGACCAGUCCGGUUCUCACUAGACACGAUGCUCAAAGUACGGAGGCGUGGGGUUAAUAAAGAGAUGAAUGGUCAGAUCAGAUGUCCUGCUAAACAAUGUAUAUAUCUCAUUUCUUCCCCACUGUUAUAGA